AAGUUAGCCGGGUCACGACGCGUUGACAAACAGUAGAAGGUGUAGUCAGAGGGAGACGAUCGGGAGGAGAGGGUGAUUACUGGUGACAUUGAUUGAGAGCAGUUGAGCGAGUUUCGCAUGGAAUGCGGCGGAAUUAGUUAUUGCCGGCGGCGGUGGUGGUGGUAGCGGUGCAUUGAGUUUUGAUUGUAUGGCGUACCGUCGGAGGCAGCAAGUGCCGAGGACUUCUGCUGCGUCCGGGGAAGAGAUUGAGAGUCUGCACGAGCCUCCUCCUCCUCCGUUUUCGAUUUCAGUGCCUGACGGCGGCAACUCUUCGUCGUCGCUCGCUGCGAAGGCCAUCAGAGCGUCCUCGGCUCAUCGCGACUUCUCUCUGUCCUCAGCUUACGGCGAGUCUGCUGUCUCUUCUCCUCGGGAGUCUAAUACCGUUAGAUCUUCCUCUUUUCCUUCCUCAACUAAUAAGGAUUCAUCCAACUAUGGAUAUACUUCAAAGAAAAGCUUUAAUGAACCCAAACAAGGAUUUUGGGGUGCACUAGCCAGGAAAGCAAAAUCCAUUAUUGAUGAUGAUAUUGUGGGCCAACAACAACAUGAAGCUGUGGGAAGAACAAGUACACAGCAGAUGUCUGAUACCACAACAAGGGAUAAGCUUCCAGAAAGCCAAAGAAAACCAGAAAACCAUAAACUGCAGAAAGGACUGGAUGCCCUUGCAUCUUCCCUUAAUUAUAUUGGUGACACCAUUGGCAAUGCUUUUGAGGAGGGUCGUGCAGUUGUGGAGAAUCGUACUGCAGAUAUACUUCAAACUCGAAAGCUACAAAUAAGGAGAAAAGGAAGUACUUCUGUGCAGAAUCAAGCUUCAAAUGCUAGUGGUGUGUGGCAGCAACCUGCUAUGCGGAACAAUGUGCAAACCCAGCCACAGACUGAUUUAGAAACUCAGCUGAAAGCAUCUCGCGACGUUGCAAAUGCAAUGGCUGCAAAAUCAAAAGUACAACUACGGGAGCUUAAGACUGUAAAAGCUGAUUUGGCUUUUGCAAAAGAGCGUUGUGCACAGCUGGAAGAAGAAAAUCGAAUUCUUAGAGAAAGUCGUGAUAAAGGUGGCAACCCAGAAGAUGAUGACUUGAUAAGGCUCCAACUAGAGACACUUUUGGCUGAGAAGGCUAGGUUGGCUCAAGAGAACUCAGUACUUACACGCGAGAACCGUUUCCUAAGGGAGAUUGUCGAGUACCACCAGCUCACUAUGCAGGAUGUUGUGUACCUGGAUGAAACUAAUGAAGAGGUGACUGAAGUUUACCCCAUAAAGAUUGAAACUCCCCAAGUGACCAAUGACCUCUCAUCUCAUCCCGUGCCAUCCCCAGAGCUUACGGAUACUUCUCAUGGCGUUUCCUCUUACAUACCUGCACCAUCAAAAAAUGGUUUGGGAAGAUAUUCAAAACCAUUUUCAUAGAAUGGUCUGUGCUGAAAUUGAAAGUUUGUUUUCAUGAAAACGUGUGGUUUAAGAUGGUUUUUAGUGAGCAUCUGAUUGCUAUGGCCAUGUGUGUCUGUUAUAUAUUCUUUUUGUAUAUUUCAACCUCUAGAGAAGGGAACUACCUAGCCCAGGACUGCAGGAGGAUGUGCAUAUCUCAUGUUUUACCCUCAUAUUUCAAAAGAAAGCUUAGCUACCAAGAACAAGUUCCUUGUAUGUUAUUCUGGAUCCCUGCAAAAGUUGGCUUUUGGAACUGUAUAUUGGACUUCUGAAAAGAAAAUAAGUGGAAACCCUUGUUAAGGCUAUGCAAA